ACAUAAACUUUCAAUCUCCAAUUCUCUUUCUCUCUCUCUCUCUCUCUCUCUCUCUCUCUCACUACAAGAACAAGAAAAUGGCUUUUCCAAAGACUCAGGUAGUCUUAGCACUUAUUUUCAUUUUCUUUACUUCAUCUUCUUUCGCAAUAACUCACAAUGUGUUAAAUUAUGGAGCAAAACCUGAUGGAAAAGCUGACUCAACCAAAGCCUUUCUUGCUGCAUGGAAUCACGCCUGCAGCUCCAGAACGCCCACCACCAUUCAUGUCCCAGCAGGGAGGUUCUUGCUGCGAAACGUUAUUUUUCGCGGCAAAUGCAACAAUGAUGCUAUUCUAAUACGUAUUGAUGGCAUUAUUGUUGCUCCAUCAGAUUACCAUGUCAUUGGACAUGAAGAAAGCUGGAUUUUGCUCGAAAAUGUUGAUGGAAUUUCAGUUUCUGGUGGCGUUCUUGAUGGACAAGGCACUGGCUUAUGGAAUUGUAAGGCCACUUACAAGAAAUGUCCUAAGGGUGCCACGUCAUUGCGAUUUAUCGAUUCAAGUAAUAUCGUAAUAGAAGGAUUAACAUCAUUAAACAGCCAAAAGUUCCAUAUUGUCAUCCACGGCUGCCAGAAUGUGAAAGUUGAAGGAGUUAGGAUAUCUGCUUCGGGUGAAAGCCCAAACACUGACGGCAUUCAUGUGCAGUUGUCAAGUGCUGUUACAAUUUUGAAUUCUAAAAUUGGAACUGGCGAUGAUUGCAUAUCAAUUAGCCCUGGUUCUACCGAUGUAUGGAUUGAAAACAUUGCUUGUGGACCUGGCCAUGGAAUAAGCAUUGGAAGUCUGGGCAUGGAUUUUCAUGAACCUGGUGUGCAAAAUGUGACUGUUAAAGCAGUUGUAUUCCGAGGAACUCAGAAUGGAGUGAGAAUAAAGUCUUGGGCAAAACCCAGUACUGGCUUUGCAAAGAACAUUCUCUUCCAAAAUGCUGUUAUGUUUGAUGUCCACAAUCCAAUCGUCAUUGAUCAAAAUUAUUGUCCUCACAGCAAGAAUUGCCCUCAUCAGGAAUCAGGAGUUAAAGUUACUGAUGUGGCUUACAAAAACAUUCGUGGAACAUCAGCAACAGAAGUUGCAGUGAGAUUUGAUUGCAGUAAAAAGAAUCCGUGCACUGGGAUUAGACUAGAAGCUGUAGAGCUCACUUACAAGAAUAAACCAGCAGAUGCAUCAUGCAGAAAUGCUGAUGGAACAGCUUCUGGUUGGAUUCAGCCUGCAAGUUGUUUACUAUAUGAAAUGAUAGAUUAUAUGUAACCUAUAGUUGAAAGGGUCCUUGUAGCUAAUUCUAUUUGGCUGAGAAAAGAGGUUAUAACUCAUUUAUGAAUUAAUG